AUGAACAACGAGGGGGAGGCGUCGACGCGGGAGCUGUCCAAGAUGUCGGACCGGGACCUGCUGGCGUGCUCCAAGGAGGAACUGCUGAGCCGCCUGCGCAAGGAGGAGUCGGAGAAGAUCUCGGCGCUGGUCCAGCGGGGGCGCCUGAUCAAGGAGGUGAACAAGCAGCUCCAGGGCCACCUGCUGGAAAUCCGCGAGCUGAAAGUCAUCAACCAGCGUCUGCAGGAGGAGAACGCCGAGCUGCGCGACCUGUGCUGCUUCCUGGACGACGACCGGCUCAAGGUCAAGAAGCUGGCGCGCGAGUGGCAGCACUUUGGCCACCACGCCGCCAAAGUCAUGCGCGAGGACCUGGGCGGCUACCUGAAGAAGCUGGCCGAGCUGGAGCGCACCCAGGACGGCCUGCUCAAGGAGAACCUGGACCUCAAGGAGCUCUGCCUGGUCCUGGAGGAGGAGUGCGUGGGCCGCGGAGUCGGCGGCGGCGGUGGCGGCAGCAGCGCCGGCGACGCCAGCCCCGCCGGCUCCGCCGAGCUGGCCUCGCCCUGCAUGGCGGCCCGGGACCUGGGCGACGGAAGCUCCAGCACGGGGAGCGUGGGGAGCCCCGACCAGCUCCGCUCCGUCUGCUCGCCCGACGACUGA